AAGAUAAACAAAGUCUAAAGAUCAAUAGUCUAAGCAUUUAAAAGAAUUGUUUCUGUGGUUUGUUUUUAGUUAUGCUGCUUGUUCUUUUUCCAUUGAAUAAUAGAAACUUUGUGAAGUUAUUCUGGUAUUUGAAUUCAGCUGCUUUUAUUGUUGGACAGUCAAGUCAAACUUACUGCUGUGCAGCCAAUAUAGGAGAUGUUGUUGUAAUCUUAGCUUUCAGAUCAGUAAGUUAAUUUGUUGUGUUUUGCAAUAAUAUAAUUUGCAACUUAAUUUCAUAAUAAAUCACAGCAAGAAUUGAUGCUUUUGUAGGUGUGCCUAUUAUCUUUGUCUUUAUUUUGUUAUCUCCUUGACUAAAUUUAUCUCAUCCUGUUAGACUUUCAAUAGAUAGAAGCAGGUCCUUAGUGGGAGCCUUUUUGUUAAGAGUUAUACCGCAGCCUGCAGUGUUUUCAACCAUUCCUUCUUGUCAACUAUUACAUGAUAUGGCAGAGUGGACCAACUACCAACGAAAGUCAGGAGAAUAGCCUCAACAAUUUUGCAUUUGAUUUCUUUCCUAAUUGGUUCUAUUACAAUGUUAAGCCUAUUAUCGCAUAAUUACAGAUUGUUGGAAGUUGAAAGGUAAUUCAUUUAUCAAAGAAUCUAAAUCGUUUCAUUAAGAAAACUGAGAUGAUGGUAGAAGAUGUUAAGAUUAUGUAGCUCUGAUCUUGUUUCUCUUUGUACUUCAGUAACAUCAUAAUCACUUUGUUUAACAACUUCAAUUUACUGUUAAGUUCUAUUUGUGGUGUUUCUCUCAUUUUUCAACUAGCUACAUUUCCUGUUACUGUUUCCUGCUUUUUCUUUCAGAUUUUGUUAUGUGUACUCACCAAUGCUUUUGUAAUUAUGGGCUUGUAUUAACUAAUAGAGAGUCCUUAUUGUUAUGAGAUAUGGUUAAAGUGUAACAGAGAUAGGGAAAGUAGCUUAGGCAAGUCUUAUGUAUUUCUGUUGUAUUCCUGCAUCCAAGUUCCUAUUUGGCGCUGUUUUGUAUUUGUUAUGGCUGCUGUUGCAUUUUGAAUUUUAUAUGCCAUUAGCAUAUCAGAUUAGUGAUUCUCCUUCUACUCUUCUGAACCCUUACAUUUAUUUAUUUCUAAAGCCUCUUGAAUGUCACUGAUGUCAUUGCAGCUUCACCUUUGACAUGUUUGAAGGAUCACCCUGGAAAGGGUGAAAAACUCACCUUAUCCAGUUAUCCCUGAGUGGUACGUUUUCUUUUUCUCUUUGGAUGGAGUUGUUGGCUGCAACAACUGAUACACUUGGUUGUAAAUUGCUCUUAGACACUCAAGUCACUUCUUGUGUUGCAACUGUGAAAGGUUUAUUUAGUCUCA